AUGCAUACUGUUGCAUCUCCUUCCUUGUCAUUAUCUGUUGUGAUUAUUUUAUUUCCCUAUGUUCUAGAACCUCCCACCACCCCUGCCCCCACAACCUCCGCCCCCACCUCCUCCCCUGGAGAGUGUAUGGUGGACAGUGACUGCGGUGACCGGGCCUCUUGUCAAAACGGGCCCUUUGGUACCACCUGUAUCUGCAACGAUGGUUUCUCGGGAGAUGGACAAACAUGUCCUGAUAUCGACGAGUGUACAGCUGGGACGGACGAGUGUGGUGAUGACUCUACCUGUCUCAACACUCUGGGUACUUACUUGUGUCGAUGUAACACAGGCUUCAGAAGAGGGAGUUCGAGAUUUGAGUGUGAAGACAAAAAUGAAUGUGUUGCCUACCCAACUAUAUGUGGCUCACAGAGGCAAUGUGUCAACACUCCUGGUAGCUACCAAUGUGUUCGAGAUGAGGCCAUCCCUUGUAGCAGAAGUAGUUUGAAGUCAAGAAAGAGCAAGAAGAGGAAGGGUGCGAACAGAGAUCAGAAUGACGAGAGUUCAGAGUCCACCAGUACAAGUAGUUCAAGUAGUUCAAGCUCAAGUUCUUCAUCCAGUAGUUCAAGCAGUUCAAGUUCACGUUCACGUUCUUCAUCCAGUAGAAGUGGUUCAAGUAUAGUUCUAGUUAACUAUACAGACUGACAAUUACUGCACCAAUUGUGCAUGUGCAU